UUAUUUAACGACUCUAUCUCUCUAUACAAACUUAGUGUCUUCUCCUCCAACGUUUGUUGUUUAAAGAUGGCAAUCAACGACGAGCUUUUGGAGCAAGUAUACCAUGAGAAUUGCCCAGGUUGUAAAGUGGAUCGUAGAAAACGGAUUCAAACCGGGUUACCUAUUAAAGAGCUCAUUUGUAUAUGGGUCGUGGUGCUAUGUGUUGUACUCCCAAUAUCAUCUCUUUAUCCGUUUAUCUAUUUCAUGGUAAGGGAUUUUAACAUUGCAGAGAAAGAAGAGGACAUUAGUUACUAUGCAGGCUUUGUUGGGUCCGCAUAUAUGAUUGGACGGGCAUUAUCAUCUGUACUCUGGGGAGUGGUAGCUGAUCGCUAUGGUCGGAAACCAAUUAUUAUUCUAGGCACUUCAACAGUGGUUAUUUUCAACACAAUUUUCGGUUUUAGUUUCAACUAUUGGAUGGCUAUCAUUACAAGGUUCCUUCUUGGAUUUUUAAACGGGAUACUAGGAACUAUAAAGGCAUAUGCAUGUGAAAUUUUCCCUCAGGAAUAUCAAGCUUUAGGAUUAUCAGCUACUAGUACAUCAUGGGGGAUAGGAUUGAUCAUUGGUCCUGCUUUGGGAGGUUUCCUUGCACAGCCUGCAGAGAAAUUUCCAAGCCUUGUAUCUUCGGAUUCUUUAUUUGGAAGGUUUCCAUACCUCUUGCCUUACCUUUGCAUCUCCAUUUUCGCAUUUGUUGUGACCAUCAUUGCAAUUUGGCUUCCGGAAACAUUACACAUUCAUAAAAAAGCUGAGUUGGAGUCUGCGUCAGAUGUACGGGUUGCUCAGGAUGAGGAAAAAGAUUCUACUUUAUUAAGCCUCCUUAAGAACUGGCCAUUAAUGUCUUCUAUUAUUGUCUAUUGUGUUUUCUCUCUUCAUGACACGGCUUACACCGAGAUUUUCUCAUUAUGGGCUGAGAGCCCGAAGAGUUUGGGGGGACUUAACUAUACUACUGAGGAUGUUGGCAUUGUCCUAUCCAUCACAGGGGUGUGCCUUCUUCUUUUUCAUACUGCAUUUUUUCCGAUUGCGGUGAGGAUAUUUGGGCCUCUCAUGGUAGCUCGGAUCUCAGGAGUUCUGUCUAUACCUCUACUUACAGCUUAUCCAUACAUUGCAUUGUUGUCUGGCUUCAUACUCACAUUUACCUUAAAUUUAGCUUCAAUUGUGAAGAACAUUUUAUCAAUCUCCAUCAUAACCGGGACAGUCAUGCUGCAAAAUAAAGCUGUGGAUCAACAUCAAAGAGGUGCAGCCAAUGGUAUUGCGAUGACUUUGCAGGCAACUUUUAAUGCAAUUGGUCCAUCAUGUGGAGGAACACUUUUGUCAUGGUCCCUAAAGAGACAAAAUGUAGCAUUUCUUCCUGGCGCACAUAUGAUAUUUUUUCUCUUGAAUAUAAUUGAGGGACUUGGGGUUCUACUGACGUUCAAGCCAUUUUUUAUCGCAAAUCGUAACUAGUGGGGAGCAACUGAAUCCGGGUUUAAUUCUAAGAGAAUCCAACGACUACACUCUAGUUGCGAAAAUGAUCUUAGUGACAUUUUUUAUGUGGACUUUCAAUCAAGUCAACCUUAUAUAGCAUCUAGCUUCGUUAUAUUAAUUGUCUGUAGGUUUUGAAUGUUUCUAAAGGAUUAAUAUAGUUGAAAUUAUAGAUUAAUUUUAACUUUGCUACA